UUCAACGAUGGCGUUCUCCCUCUCUGCUCUCUGCUCUGCUGUUAUAAUCCUGACACUCAACAACUUCUGCACCUGUUCACAAAUUGCCCAUGAAGCUGUCACUGUUGUGGGCUGCUUUGAAAAUGGUAGCAUUCAGGUGCAGGAAGAAUUUGAUGGUGAAGAGUUUGUGUACGUAGAUUUUGACAGAAAGGACUUUGUAUACACCGUGCCCAAAUUUAUCACGGUGGACCCAAGAGAAAUAAUUGGUGACUUACUUGCACAUAAAGUGAUCAGCAGAGCAGAUAAAGCGUGUUCAGUAGCUCUUGCAUACUGCAAAGCAGAGGAGCAAAGUCCAACAGAAGAGAAAGACCCCCCUGAGACUAUCAUCUACCCUGCAGAGGACGUUCAGUUAGGAGCUGAAAACAGCCUCAUCUGCUUCGUGAAUAAUUUUUUCCCACCUUACAUCAAAGUCAGCUGGACUAAAAAUGAUCGUCUGGUGUCGGAGGGGGUGUCACUCAGUCGAUAUUACCCCAAUAAUGAUCAGACCUUCCACAUGUUCUCCACCUUGACCUUCACACCGAGCGAGGGGGACAUUUACAGUUGCACUGUGGAGCACUCGGCACUCGAGAGGCCGAAAACAAGAAUCUGGGAAAAUUAUCUUAGUCAUCAAGGUCAUGUCUCUCAUGGAGCAGAUGUUUUCUGUGGAGUCGGCCUGACUCUUGGCUUAUUGGGGGUAGCAGCUGGUACAUUUCUGUUUGUCAAAGGACACCAUGGAUACUAAAUUCUCAUUCUUGAAAGAUACUGUAUUUUCUCUCACUGUAUAUCUCUACUCCUGUAUAUUUCAGAGGGGAAUAUUACGAGUUUUACACCAAUACAUUUAUCUGAUAAAUUGAUUACUUUACAUCUUAAACUCUACAUGCAAACAUAUGAUGAACUCAUAAGAUAGUUUAAUUUAACUUGUCCUAGACUAGCUACAAAACAUUGAGUUAGUUUAUACAGGUCCAAAUGCAGAAUUGUACUGUAGGUCACCAGACACUGAAUGUUGAUGUUAAAAGUAAAACUUCUCAACAUGCAAAACUACAUCAAAACCUGAAUUUGAAUCCUUUAUGUUAAAAGUAGAACUUCUCAACAUGCAAAACUACAUAAAAAACUGAAUUUGA